AUGGCACCCCCGGCCACCGAGGGAUUGAAGUUCUUGUCCAAUGCUCUCGCAACACCAGAACAGCUAUCUAGUUCAUCGUCAUCCAUCGAUGGCGUUCCCCCAGACCUAGAGGCAUCUAUUCGUUUCGCAGGAGCCCAGCUCACGCAAGCUGCGGGGAUAUUGUUACGGUUGUCGCAGGAUAUCAUAGCGCAGGCCAUCGUCACCUUUACUCGUUUCUGGAUUGGUCCUGAAGGUGGGAGCUUGCGGCUUUACUCUGUGAAGGAUGUGUCUGCCGCGGCGCUGUACAUGACAGCGAAGUUAUCCUUCCAACCCACCUCUCCCCGGUCAAUCUUGAACGUAUAUACCUUCCUUCUGUCCAAAGAUGCAUCUCCGCUUUGGUUUGUUAACCCGAAUGGAUCGCCUGAGAAACCGGCCCCAGAAACGUACUACCUCUCCGAAGGUGGUUACCAAAGCCAGCGAUUGGUUCUUAUGCGCAUUGAAUCAAUCAUCUUGCGCACAUUGGGCUUCGAUACCCAUGUGGCUCUCCCUCAGACGAUCGCCUUAACAUACCUUCAGACUCUUGGUGUAUCAUCCUCGGCUGUUGCCCAACGAGUCAUUGAGCAUCUCAACGCAUCACUUCUGUCGCCGCAAUUACUAUAUAUCACGCACCAACCAAACGCACUUGCGGUGUCAUCAAUCUACCUGGCCGCCCGGGAGGUAGGAGUUAAGCUCGUCGAUGGAGAAUGGUGGGAGGUCUUCGAUGUGGACCGAGAAGAGCUUGGGUUCUUAGUCGUGGCCAUGAGAAGCAUGGAGGGAUUUGUGCGGGCAGAAAAGGAGAAGUGGAAAUCUCGAACGAUUCCUAUGGUUCUGGACGAUACCGAAGCAGAGAUCGAAAGAAGAAGAAUGAUGGAAGAGGGCGAGUGA